AUGAGCUUAAUUAAAAUAUUAGCAUUUGGAUCAGGGAAAAAGAACGUAGCCUUGGUCAUCCCGUUGGUGGUCCUCUCAGCCAUUUUCAUCUGUUCAUGGAGGAGGAGAACAUUUUUAAAAGUAUCCCGUGAGGAAAAUAAAGACAUUGGAGCUCUGUAUUUCGAUUUGGGCACACUUAGAGCCGCUACUGAUGACUUCUGCGAGACAAACAAACUCGGAGAAGGUGGAUUUGGUCCAGUUUAUAAGGAAAAACUAUCAGAUGGCCAGGAAAUAGCUGUGAAAAGACUUUCCAGAAGUUCACAGCAAGGACUUCCGGAGUUGAGAAAUGAGAUUGAUUUUGUUGCUAAGCUUGAACACAGAAAUCUCGUGAGGCUGUUAGGUUGUUGCCUGGAAGAAAAAGAGAAGCUACUCGUCUACGGGUUUCUCCCAAAUACAAGCCUCGACAAAUUUCUAUUGGAUGCUACCGAUCCCAUCAAACGUGGACUUCUAGACUGGGGAAAGCGCUAUAACAUUAUUGAAGGAAUUGCAAGAGGGCUUCUUUACCUGCACCAAGAUUCUCGCCUCAAGAUUAUUCAUCGGGAUCUAAAAGCAAGUAACAUCUUGUUAGAUCAGCAUAUGAAUCCUAAGAUUUCAGACUUUGGUCUUGCAAAGCUCUCCGAGUCUGAGAAAGAACAUGGAAGCACUAGUAAAAUUGCCGAGACAAAUGGAUACAUGGCACCCGAGUAUGCAAUGCAAGGGUACUUUUCAAAUAAAUCAGAUGUAUUUAGCUUUGGAGUUUUAAUUCUAGAAAUUGCGACCGGUCAAAGGAUCAGCGACUUCCAUGGAUCAGGGGAUUCUACAAAUCUCCUAAGCUUUGCAUGGGAGCACUGGAGCAAAGGACAGGCGUUGGAAAUAAUGGAUCACAGCCUAGGUGAGCUGUACCAUAGGCAAGAAGCUUUGACAUGCAUUCACAUAGGAUUACUCUGUACUCAGGAAGAUAUGAGGAAAAGACCUCGCAUGGCAUCGGUGGUUCUCAUGCUGAGCAAUCAUUCCGUGACUCUUCCAACGCCUUCAACGCCUGCAUACUUUGUUCGAGGUAGAACAACCAUUGAGUCAGACGAGGCUUUGAGAACUACCAAUUCCACUCCAUCUGACUCGUUAACUAUAUGCAACAUGUCAAUUACUGACCCGUUAAGAAACUCCAUGGAUAUUUGGAUAUUUGAUCAUUGA